GAUACUAGUACUAGUUACAAGAAUGAAAUCUAAGUUGUUAGAAAGGGAAAAGAAAAUUUCAAAAAUCUUUAAACAGUAAAUUUCGUGCACACUGUCCUUUUCCCUCUCCCCAUAAUCAUGGCCAACACUCUUUAAAAAGAGCUACCUCCUCUUCCCAUGACUAUCCGUUCCAUUCUCAACUUCCUUCACUUGUCUCAUCCAAAAAAAUAAAAAAUGUCUUCUUCUUCUUCCACACCAAUAUCAUCAGAUAAUAAUAACCAAUUACCAUUUGGCAUGUUCGAACCAAUUCGCACACCAACAGGCUAUUCUUGGUUACAACGUAACACAGCCAUAUGCCAAUCUAGUGAGAAGCGAGGCCGCCGUAAGCAGGCCGAGCCUGGGCGAUUCCUUGGGGUGAGACGGAGGCCGUGGGGUCGUUAUGCGGCUGAAAUCCGUGACCCCACGACGAAAGAAAGGCAUUGGCUUGGGACGUUUGACACGGCUCAAGAAGCUGCUCUGGCUUAUGAUAGAGCUGCACUUUCUAUGAAAGGCACUCAAGCUAGAACCAAUUUUAUCUACACCUCUGAUAGUGCUAAUACUAAUUUCCCUUCACUUAUUUCUCCUUUUGAUCAUGUCCAAAACAUGUUGCAGCCUAAUUUAUCACACUUCAACUUCAAUACUACUCAAAGUAACAACAACAUCAUCAAGAACAAGAAUAUCGUCAUGACCACGGCCACCACCACCACUACUACCACUUCUGAUCAUAGUAAUGAGUCAUCUUCAUAUGGCUCUUCACCUAAUGAGAACAACAGCUUCUUUGUUAAUAAUAAUAAUAAUAAUAAUUCAGGUUACUUAUUAGAUUGCAUAGUUCCUGAUAGCUGCUUGAAACCACCACCACCACCUUCUUCUACUCCUCGGAGUAAAAUGAUCAGAACUCUCCAAGAAAACAAUGAUAAUCAUCAAAACAUAACUACCUUCUAUGGUGCAAAUGCUAUGGACCCUGAGAAAUUUUCAUUUAACAAAUAUGGAUAUUUGGAUGAAGAAAAGUACAUGUCGUCAACAUGGGAAAGUUCUUGUGAGUUAUCAGCCAUGAUGACGAACAACAAUAUUGGCAACAUGAACCAAAUGCUGGAUGACGUGGGGAAUUGCUAUUAUCCAAACAUGGAGAAUGCAGUUUUUGAUAACAGCAAUAUUAAUAAUGAUGAGCUGAUGAUGAUGCCUACUGAAACUCCUACUACUACUUCCUCUUCUGUCUAUCAACCUUUUGGUGAUGUUGAAUUUGGAUACACUACUCUCUUUUGAUAUAUUUAAUUUCCACUGUAAUACUAUCUAUGUACUUUUUUGC